AUGUACCGCUCUGUUGGAUGUGAUAAACAGAGUCCAGCUAUCUCUAGGAGAAAAGUAACUAAAUCUAACACUCUUGGCAAAUUAUGGAAAGAAAAAUAUCACAAAGAUCCCCCUGAUAAUUCAGUUAUAUGUUACAAAUGCUGGAUUACACUCGCAGGACCCAAACACAUUCCUUGUAACCCUCCCCAAUCAGCAGAUGAAGGUGAAAAAACAGAUAAUCCAUCUAUGAAGAUACAAAUUCCCUUUGUCAUGACUACAAAGUCUAAGAAGAGGUGGCUUAUUGCUAUCCUGGUCUUCUUGGCACUUGUCCUCUUUGCACUGGUUAUCCUCAUUGUGGCGAUGUUCCUUGUCCUCGCUGCACUCAGCAACUCAAGUGAUAAUAAAAGUGCUCUGUCAAAUAGUCCAAUGGAACAAUGUGCAUAUGUCCCACCAAAUAUCACAAACAAAGCAGGGUUAGGUCGAUUCAAGUUCUUCAAUGCUCUCAUGGACUGUACCUACUCUCCACAAAUCAAAGUCAAAUACUUGAAAGACUUUGUUAAAGAUUUAGACAGUGCAGAUAACUGCAAAGUCUACUACCCUCUCAAGGUUGCUGCUGAGAAUCGAUUGUAUGUGAUCAUCGGAUGUGACAGUGUUAUCAGUCUUGAAAUAGCUAGAGGGAGAAUGGACGAUGAGCUAGUAUGUACUGUUCAGCCCAUAAUGGAUUACAAUGAUUUCAUGAAUCACACCCUUGGUGUACCAGUUCCUGAAAAUUUCUUCUACCCAAAUGAUGACCUCAAAUGUGAACCUCUGUUUGGUAUCUUUCGAACUAUCAAUUAUCCAGUAGGUACCAGCUAUGAUGACAUCCUGGAUUCUUGGAGAGCAAGGGGAUUGAACAGUAUGAAACGGAGAGUUGAUCUUGAUCCCACAAAUAGAGAAGUCUUCCACUAUGUUGGAGAGACAAAGACCCUGGUUUUGCGCAUCUAUAAUUCUCCAGAGCAUCUUGAUAAGACCUUAUUCACCAGUAACUGGGGAAUCAUACAUGACAUCACAGCAGGUGUAAACCAUGAGAUACAAGCAUUGAUCCACUUGGACUGCCUGUGUAACAAUUAUGACUAGGUAUGGUAAUCAGCUCUAGAACUUGAUA